GAAUUAGAUCACCAAAUCACCCAAUAAGUUGUUAGCUACUUAUUCGGCCAGCUAUUCUAAAUAGUUCGAGUGUUUGAUCCAGCUAGUGUAAGUAGUGAGUUAGCUAGCUAGCUAGUUUGAACGAUCAAUAUGCCAAGGGACAGGGACCCCCUUGUUGUGGGAAGAGUCAUAGGGGAUGUUUUGGACCCCUUUACAAGGUCUGUUUCUCUCCGGGUGACUUUCGCUACUAGGGAGGUUAACAAUGGUUGUGAGCUCAAACCUUCCCAAGUUGUCACCCAACCUCGAGUUGAUAUAGGAGGGGAGGAUCUUAGGACCUUCUAUACUCUGGUCAUGGUGGAUCCUGAUGCACCCAGCCCCAGUGACCCCAACCUGAAAGAAUAUUUGCAUUGGUUAGUCACUGAUAUUCCUGCAACAACUGGGGCAAGUUUCGGCCAAGAGAUUGUGUGUUAUGAAAGUCCACGGCCAACAGUGGGGAUUCAUCGCUUUGUUUUUGUGUUGUUCCGGCAAUUGGGAAGGCAAACUGUGUAUGCUCCAGGAUGGCGCCAAAACUUUAACACCAGAGACUUUGCCGAGCUCUACAAUCUUGGAUCACCAGUGGCUGCGGUUUACUUUAACUGCCAAAGGGAAAGUGGCUCCGGCGGAAGGAGAAGAUAAACUCUUGGGAAAAAGACCAAGAAAAAAAAGGGGAAAAAAAAGAGGAACAGAAGAAGAAAAAAGAUGCGGAAAGGGAGAAGGAUUGGAGAAACAACAAAGAAAACAAGAAUGGGUUGCGGGGACUCGAACCUAGGUUGGUGCUUGAUAGAGCAAAAUAACCCAUCACUUUGCCAACUGAACCAAAACCAUCUUCAUGGAAACUUAGCACACUUAUACUAUCUAAAUUAUUCCAAGAAUUUUGGGUUGGGCUAUAGCCCAAUUAAGUAGCCCACUGCUUCAUAUAUAGAGUGCAUGCAUGUCAUAAUUUAAAUUUAAGGUGGUAGUGAGCACAAAAGUAUGAUAUGUAUAUGGUAUGGUUAAUACUAGCUAGCUAGUAACAAUUAGUCAGCUAGCUAGCUACCUUAUCUAGUGAUCGAUCUCAAGAUAUGUGUAAAAUCAGUGGAUAUGUAUGUAUGCAUAAGUAGCUAGUGCAGGAACUAGCUAGCUUGUAACAACUAGUGCGUGCUUGUAAUUAGGCUCGAUCGGAUUCGGUUAGCUAGCCUAUCUAGCAAUGUCACUACUACUCUUAAUGAAGU